AUCAUGCAUUCUGCAUACUGUAAGUGGGUCCUCUAAGAGACCAGGCUUUAGCCCAUUGUGAAAAUGAACGCUCAUACUUUUGACUGGUUGCUGUUGCUGACUCUAAUAAAAAGUUUUUCUUGUAACCCCUUCAGUCUAAAAGACUCUAUCCUGACAGCUACAGAAGGGUCCUGCAUUGAAAUUGAAUGCACGGUUUCAACAGUGGUCGACUUUAAUAAUGCAUACUGGUUUUGGAUGAAAGACCCAGUAUAUGAAAACCGACAAUAUAAUGCCACUAUCAUUUACAGUUCAUCGAAAACAGAACGUCCUGUCAAUCCACAGUUUGUAAACAGAGUCAAAUAUGUUGGCUCUGAAGAUACAAAAUGGAAAAAUGUUCCUUCAGGCUCACCAGAGAAAUGCAGUGUUUUGAUCCACGACCUAAAAAUAACUGACAGUGGAAACUAUUCUUUUAGAUUUGUAGGAGAAGGUACUUAUAAAUGGGUAACUAAGCCAUUUACAAGCCUCACAGUUGCAGAUAAUCCAUGUCUACUCACUUUUGAGGAACCAAAAACUGUUACUGAAAAUGACAAUGUAACACUUACUUGCCACACACUGACCUCGUGUACUUCAGACCCAGAAAUCAAAGCUUUGGGACCACUUUCGCCAUCAUUAAUACAAUCAAAAAAAAGUCCUAAUACAGCCACACUGAGUUUUAAAGUCACUUGGGAGGAUGAUGGGAGGAUGUUUUCAUGCCAAACAGAGAACAAUACAGAUCCAUGUUUGAUUCGGAAUAUCAGCCUCACUGUAGGAUAUGCUCCCAAAAACAUGUCUGCAAAUAUAAGCUCUAACGUUGUAAAGGAAGGAGAGUCUGUCAGUUUCACUUGCUCUGCUAAAGGACAACCUGAGCCCACUUUUAAAUGGACUAAAGAUGGUCGAGAUCUUGACUCAAAUGCCAAUUGGAUGAUCUCAUCAAUUAAUGCAUCACAGAGUGGAUCAUAUACCUGUAAAGCUGAAAACAAACAUGGGAGUAAAGACUUAGUGGUGACUGUCGAGGUUAUUUAUCCCCCUGAUGUUGACAUAGUGAUUUCACCGGAGCCUGAAAGAAUGACAAAAACUAUUAUACAAGGAGAUAAAGUCACUUUUACAUGUUCUGUUAAAAGAAGCAACCCAUCACCAGACUCUUUUACUUGGCUGAAAGACACAAAAGACAAAACACAUAUUGAUUCAAAACAGAUAACUGUUAAAAACAUACAGCCAGAAGACAGUGGUAAAUACACAUGUAGUGCCAGGAACACUGUGGGCUCUAGAUCAAAAACUCUUCAACUUACGGUUCAAUACAAACCAAGGAAAACUACCAUUUCUAUCCAUCAAACAAGUGUGAAAAUUAAUACAGCCUCCGCAUUCACUUGUUUAACUGAUGCAUAUCCAGCCCCUUCAAGCUAUUCCUGGUUCCAUUAUAAGCAGACUGACAUCUCCCAGAAGAAGAUGCUCAUGGUUUUCAAAGAAACUCUUCACUUAGAAAAAGUAAAAAGAGCAGAUGAAGGAUGUUACAUAUGCAACGCGAGCAACAGCAUUGACACAGGGAACACUAGUAAGCCAGUGUGCAUAGAAGUGUUGUUUCCUCCCAAUAAUACCAAUCUGUACAUGACUGAGUUGGUCACUGAAGGUGAGCCUGUCGAAGUCAACUGCUCUGCUGAAAGUUUCCCACCGCCAACUUUCACCCUGGCAAGAUAUUCUAAAUCAAAUUCUCAGACUCCAGAACGGAGUUUACCUUUAGACAACUCCUACAAAUUUAAGGCAACUUCAACAGACGCAGGCUUUUACACCUGCAAGGCCUCAAACAGCGAAGGAAACCAGUGGAGCUCAGAAAAGCAACUGGUGGUGAAAUAUAGCCCCAGAGAGGUGAAAAUAACAGGUCAUCCUGCUCUUAUUGUAAAAGAGAAUGAGUCAUUAACACUGGAUUGCAGUGCCAACUCGUACCCAUCCGUAAGCUUCUUCACCUGGAUGAAGAUGAUCGAUGGGACGACGGAAACCACUAUAAGCACUGGGACACCGUUCAUUGUGGAUUCUGCCAGUGUCUCUGACAGCGGGAAGUACCGCUGUACGGCCGAAAAUGAAAUUGGAACGGGGAAAUCAGUGCAAGUUGAAGUUAAAGUUAAGCAUGCUCCAAAAUUCACAAAGAUUGAAAAAGAAAAGGAAGAGCAGCAUGAUGAAGAGACAAGAGUGAAACUGAGCUGCAUCAGUCAGUGCUAUCCUGAAGUCACACAUUAUUCAUGGUACCAGAGGAUAAACAAAAAAGAGAGCAAAAAUGUAGCAAACGGUACGGAUAUUUUUGUGAGAUCAGAUCAGCCUGGGGAGUACUACUGCGUCGCAAAAAAUGAGAUUGGUGAAAGAUCAUCUGAGCCAAUAAAGCUAUUUGACGACACAGUUAUGAAGAUUGUGAAGAUCUUCUCGCUUUGUCUUAUUUUUCUAAUUGUAUGCAUACUCAUCUUUUUGUACAGACGCAGAAGGAACAAUUUAAUUCAACAAAGAACUACA